GGUUUCCGGUUUCCAUGGCGGCGGGAGCGGUGCUGUGAAGAUGCAGGCAUCUGUUGGACACGUGAGACCAUUACUGCAGCUCACACUGGCUUUGAUUAAACCUGACGCUGUGGCUCACCCGCUAAUUCUGCAGCUGGCACCAAACGCUGACUGCAGCAGCAAACAUGACUGGAAAGAGGAAAUCCAUGAGUCUGGGAGCCAAGAUCGAGCUCCUGAGCAAGAUUGAUGAGCUGCCCAAGAUGAGUCAUCGUGACCUGGCCCAGUACUUCGGGCUUCCCAAGUCUACUGUCUCCGACUUGUUAAAACAGCGAGAAAAGCUGUAUAGCGAAUGGCAUCGGGACUCCAAUCCUAACCGGAAAAGGAAGCGCGAGGGGAAGGACGGCGAGGUGGAGGAGGCACUGCUUCGCUGGUUCCAGAAUGCACAUGGGAGAGAUGCAAUCGUUAGUGGCCGUCUUCUAGCUCAAAAGGCCAAGCUAUUGGCUGCGGCUCUGGGAAAACCUGACUUUAACCCCUCGGAGGGCUGGCUCCAGAGAUGGAAAUCCCGACACAACAUAGUGUUCCGACGUCCACAGUGGGAGAAGCACGACUCUGGUGGGAGAGGGAUGCAGGAGUGGACGGAAGAGGUGUUACCUCAGCUGCUGGAAGGCUAUGGACCCCAGGACAUUUUUAACUGUGAUGAGACAGGUGUUUUCUACAGGUGCGUUGGGUGUGACAUGCUGGCCUCACAAGGGGAGGAUCCUUCUGGCCAUAAGGAAGCCAGGGAAAGACUUUCCAUUAUGGCCUGCUGCAAUAUGGAUGGCAGUGAGAAAUGUGACCUGCUGGUGAUUGGGAAGUCACAGAACCCCCGCUGCUUCAGGGGGGUCCACCACCUGCCGGUCAUUUACCGAGCGAGUAAGACCGCCUGGAUGACUGGGGACAUUUUCUGUGAGUGGGUGCGGCAGUGGGAUCGCAGGCUGAUGGGGCGUCAAGUUGUCCUGUUCCUGGAUAAUUUUUCCGGACACCCUUGCGUCUCUGGGCUGAGGAACAUCCGUCUUGUAUUCCCCCCUGUCAACACCGCCUGUCUGACCCAGCCCCUGGAGCAGGGCAUCAUCUACCGUAUGAAGCAGCAUUACGUCAAGGCAAUGAGGGAGAAAGUCCUUGAAGAGAUGGACAGUAGGGCAGAGCUGACUGCAGUCCAGUGCAUAAAGAGAAUCUCUCUUUUGGAUGCUGUCCGUCUGUUGAAAGACUCCUGGGACUCUGUCGAUCAGCAAAUCAUUCAACAAUGCUUCAAGAAAGCGGGCUUUCUAAUGGCUGAGGGCGAGGUAACUGGAGAAGCGGAGGUUGUGACAGCACCAGACGGGUUGUCGGAGGAAGAAUUCUCUCACCUGUGCCAACUAGGGGACCAUAACGCUCCCUAUGAAGCUGAGACUGAUGAUAUUGGGGAGGUAGUGGAUGCAAUGCGAGCACAGAAGGACGAGGAUGGAGAGGAGGAUCUGGAUAGUGAAGAGAGCCUGGUUACGCCAGCGGACGUGCGCUCUGCUGUUCUCACGUUGCGCCGCGCUAUGGAGCAGCACCCCGAUAUAAAACCGGAUUGGGAGACCCUUCGAAAGGUCGAUCUGGUCUGGCGUCCGUACUGCUUGAGGAAGUCUAUUCAAACUCAUUCAAACACUGAGUUCUUUGGACAUCUCUAGGACUGAUACACUGAGCAAUUUUAACGCAGAUUAGUGUUUCAUUACUUCAUUAGUUUUUACUGUUUUACCUUUUUGAUUUUCUUUUAAUGAAUGAUACACUACAGGAGGAGGCCAUUUAACCAAUUCAGCCUGUGGAAGCUCUUUGAAAGAGCUAUUCACUUAGACCCACUCCCCUUGCUCUUUCAAUUUUUUCCUUUUUUUUCCAUAUUUGGCAUUGUGGUUUCAAUAAAGCUAGUUGCAAUGCA